GUGUAUUUACAUAUAACAUCAAUUCCUGAUUCUCUUCUCAUCUUCUUCUUUGGCCCCUAGCUUUUCCUCAACUUGAGAAAAUGGCAAACAUUCGAGUUCUUGUGCUGGCGUUUUUAGCUAGUACUUGUUUACUUGUCUGUGUUGAUGCGUUUGUGGCUUCAGGAUGGUCAAAAGCGCAUGCUACUUUUUAUGGAGGCAGCGAUGCUUCAGGAACAAUGGGUGGUGCUUGUGGUUAUGGUAACUUGUACUCUACUGGAUAUGGAACUCGGACAGCUGCUUUAAGCACUGCUCUUUUCAAUGAUGGAGCAUCAUGCGGACAAUGUUAUAAGAUUAUAUGUGACUAUAAAGCAAGCCCUCAGUGGUGUAUUAGAGGAAGAUCUGUUACUAUCACGGCUACAAACUUCUGCCCUCCAAACUAUGCAUUGCCUAAUAAUGACGGAGGCUGGUGCAAUCCUCCACUCAAGCAUUUUGAUAUGGCUCAACCCGCUUGGGAAAAGAUUGGUAUCUAUCGAGGUGGAAUUGUUCCAGUCAUUUACCAAAGGGUCCCCUGUGUUAAGCGUGGUGGAGUUAGAUUUACCAUCAAUGGGAGGGACUACUUUGAACUUGUUCUAAUAAGCAAUGUUGGCGGAGCUGGAUCAAUCAAAUCAGUGCAAAUCAAGGGUACUAGAACAAACUGGAUGUCAAUGUCUAGAAAUUGGGGAGCAAAUUGGCAGUCCAAUGCAUACCUCAAUGGCCAAGCUUUGUCUUUCAGAGUCACCACUACUGAUGGAGUGACCAAGACGUUUUACAACGUCGUGUCAUCCGGUUGGCGAUUUGGUCAGACAUUUUCAAGCGCUGUUAAAUUUUAAGGUCAAGGUGGCUAAAGAGUUCAGGGUUUCAGAGGCAGGGGCAUCGCUUACUAUUUUAUUCAGGCUGCCCGCCGUUUUUUGGUAUUUCUUUUACAAAAAUUUUACGAGUGCCCGUGUACUGGAGUCUUGAAGUUCUAGUUAUGUUUUUGAACUAGGCCGCUAAACAUCUUGGAAAAAUCUCCACCAGAAGUAUAAAGUUACUAUGUAUAUCAACUCUUGUACACUUUGUUUUCA